AUGUCGUCCCGCAAGCGCCAUGCUCUUGUCGCCCUGCAACUCCGGGGAAAAGUCAAGUGGGUGCCGGGGAAGAAGGAGCCAGAAGCCCAACUGCCGCAAGUGCCGAAGCCCAAGAAGGCACGCGCGGGGACAAAGACGGGACCAGGGAAGGCAGCCGUGGGGAUGAAGGCCGGCGCAGAAGAGGUGACCUCCUAUGGUAGCAGCGACGUCGGGCCGCCGCCGGGCUUCCAAGCGCCGCCGCCAGGCCUCUCCGGUGACCCCACUCCGGCAAGCAUGAUGAAUAAGGGAAAGGAGAAGGCCGGCGCAGGGAAGGCGGCCGCGCUGGUCACCCCCAAGAAGGAGGUGACCUCCUCUGGUAGCAGCGACGUCGGGCCGUCGCCGGGCUUCUUCGGCAACCCCACUCCGGCGAGCAUGAAGAACAAGGGGAAGGGGAAGUCAGAGGUCCCUCUUAAUAGGAUGACAUUCUGGGAGUUGCACAACAAGGCUGUUGCAUCACAAGAGAGGAUCAUUGCACUUCAAAAUGAGCUUGCUGCCGAAAAGUCAAAGAAGAAGGCACUUCAGCGUGCACUUGAAGCUAUGGCCAAGAAGGCGAGAGGCAGAAACAUCUAG